UUCGUGGAGGGCUCACAAAAAAGAAAGGGAUCCUUCACGUGUGCGUCACUGUCGCACUCCGCCUCGAUGGGCGAUGAUGAAGAUGACCGGCCGAGGCGAGGCAACCUGCUCUUUUCCGGAUCGACUGAGGUGGAAGGGCAUACGGAGGUAGAAAUCCACGUCAUAGAUGCGCUCGCAAGUCUCAUUGAUGCGUUGCCGCGCGUAUCUCUGUCCUCUGAACCAAUUCGCAAGCCUUGGGACGCGGGAGGGAACAACCAUGACGGUGAAGGCGACAGCAAUGGCGACAGCGCAAAUACGCCCGCGAGAAAACGUAUGAAACCAGAGCAACGCUUUGGAAUCAAUGUCGACAAAAUGGUCGAUACGGCUCAUGCAGAGCUGUGCAGAGCAUGGAAAGGACCGUGGCUCACAGCGAGAUCAAUGGACAAGGUGCAUGUACGCCAAGACAAGAUUGGGUCAGAGACAACGCCCUGGGCCGAUCUCGAGGCGGCUCAGUCACAUGAUGAGACAGGCAUGAUCCACAAGUUCGUCUUCAACAAUAGCGAGCAAGAAUACGAUGUCGACCGGGUCACACUGGCUCCUCGCUCUGGGUUUCUCAUCACCAAUCUCCUCCGGUCUCAACUGCAGCUGCCCGAGGGUUGGAUUGGUGUAGUCGAGCAUGCGCGUCAACAUCCAGCCUCGCUCGUCCUCGUUGAUCCACCGUACCCAAACAUGUCGGCCUCGAGGCUGCAGCAGGGGAAGAGGGAAGCGUACAGAACCGUUGAUGAUCUCUACGACCUCUGGAAGAUGGUACCAGCGGUGGAAACGCUCAUCGGGCAAGACACUCUGGUGGGAUGCUGGGUGACAAACCAUGCCAAGGUACAAGCCUUUGUCCUCGAGAAGCUCUUCGAUGCGUGGAAGCUCCAACAUCUGGGGCAGCUCGUCUGGGUCAAGGUCACGUCGGGCGAUGCUGCCGAGGGAGGAGGCCAGCUCGUUGUCCCUUUGCAGAACAGAGCCGGGCGCAAGCCGUACGAGAUUCUACUUUUGGGUCGUCGCAGGCCAAGCGCGGAUGAGAAUAAGGGCAAAGAGAAGGGUGCCAUGGUUCAUAUGGUGGCUGGCAGCGUUCCUCUAGACCACAGCCGCAAGCCUGAUGUCACUGGUGCGUACGUCUUAGGCCCUAUGCUGCCAAAAGAGAGACCGCUCAACGUCUACGACAUUUUCGGACGCACAGCUCUGCGUGGGCCCGUAUCGAACUCGGCAAGAGACCAAAAAGGAGUGGAGGGGCAUACUGCAGGCUCGUUUGUGAGCAUUGGCAACCAGGCCUGCCUCUUUAAUGAGAUAGUGUAGCGCAAGCACGAUAAGACGCCGUCGACCCUAAGGCGAAGGGAAAACCUUCUGCGCGCUAGCCAGCUUGUGAAGAUUAAAAAACUGUUCG